AUGCAGGCAGGUGCAUGCACAAGGAUGCCUGAGAUGCCCAGAGGCAAGCUGACCCCCCCGGAGUCGUCUUUGGGGGCCUCCACGCCAUCUAGAACCCCAUACAUGUGCCCUCACCUGCCCUCACCCCCGGCUCCUUCCCUCAGCCACCCACCAGCCACCCUUCCCUCCGGCCGGAGCUUGAGCCAAGCCCGGCCGGCUUUGCCGCGCCGGUUCGGCGCCGCCGGGAAGAUGGCCGUGGCGCUGCGGUACUUGUGGCCUCUCCUCCUCUGCAGCCCUUGCGUGCUCAUCCAGAUCCCCGAGGAAUAUGAAGGACACCAUGUGAUGGAACCCCCCAUCAUCACGGAGCAAUCUCCCCGGCGUGUGGUCGUCUUCCCCACAGAUGACGUCAGCCUCAAGUGUGAGGCCAGCGGCAAACCCGAAGUGCAGUUUCGCUGGACUCGGGAUGGCAUCCUCUUCAAACCCAGAGAGGAACUGGGCAUGAUUGUGAACCAGGCGCCCCAUUCUGGCUCCUUCAGCAUUACAGGCAACAGCAGCAACUUCGCCCAGAGCUUCCAGGGCACCUAUCGCUGCUUUGCCAGCAACAAGCUGGGCACCGCCAUGUCUCACGAGAUCCAGCUCAUGGCCGAGGGUACCCCCAAGUGGCCAAAGGAGACAGUGAAACCUGUUGAGGUCGAGGAAGGGGAGUCGGUGAUUCUCCCUUGCCACCCGCCCCCCAGUGCAGAGCCGCUCCGGAUCUACUGGAUGAACAGCAAGAUCUUGCACAUCAAACAAGAUGAGCGGGUGACUAUGGGCCAGAAUGGCAACCUCUACUUUGCCAACGUGCUCACCUCGGACAACCACUCAGACUACAUCUGUCAUGCCCACUUCCCUGGCACCCGAACCAUCAUUCAGAAGGAACCCAUUGACCUCCGGGUCAAAGCCACCAACAGCAUGAUGGACAGAAAACCACACCUGCUCUUCCCCACCAAUUCCAGCAGCCACCUGGUGGCCCUGCAGGGGCAGCCCUUGGUGUUGGAGUGCAUUGCAGAGGGCUUCCCCACGCCCACCAUCAAGUGGCUGCGCCCAAGCGGCCCUAUGCCAGCUGACCGGGUCACCUACCAGAACCACAACAAGACGCUGCAGUUGCUGAACGUGGGCGAGGAGGAUGACGGCGAGUACCGCUGCCUGGCUGAGAACUCGCUGGGCAGUGACCGCCACGCCUACUAUGUCACCGUGGAGGCUGCACCAUACUGGCUACACAAGCCCCAGAGCCAUCUGUACGGGCCAGGGGAGACUGCCCGCCUGGACUGUCAAGUGCAGGGCAGGCCCCAACCGGAGGUCACCUGGAGAAUCAAUGGGAUCCCUGUGGAGGAGCUGGGCAAGGACCAGAAGUACCGGAUCCACCAUGGAGCCCUGGUCCUGAGCAACCUGCAGCCCAGUGACACUAUGGUGACCCAGUGUGAGGCCCGCAACCGCCACGGGCUCCUGCUGGCCAAUGCCUACAUCUAUGUUGUGGAGCUGCCAGCCAAGAUCCUGACCCCAGACAAUGAGACAUACAUGGCAGUCCAGGGCAGCACCGCCUACCUUCUGUGCAAGGCCUUCGGAGCCCCUGUGCCCAGCGUCCAGUGGCUGGACAGGGAAGGAAAGACAGUGCUGCAGGACGAGCGCUUCUUCCCCUACACCAACGGGACCCUGGGCAUCCGAGACCUCCAGGCCAAUGACACUGGGCACUACUUCUGCCAGGCUGCCAACGACCAAAGCAACGUGACCAUUGUGGCUAACCUGCAGGUCAAAGAUGCCACUCGGAUCAUGCAGGGGCCCCGCAGCACAAUAGAGAAGAGAGGCUCCCGAGUGAUGUUCACGUGCCAGGCCUCCUUUGACCCCUCCCUGCAGCACAGCACCACCUGGCGCAGGGAUGCUCUCGACCUGCAGGAGCUGGGGGACAGUGACAAGUACUUCAUAGAAGAUGAGCGCCUGGUCAUCCACAGCCUGGACUACAGUGACCAGGGCAACUACAGCUGUGUGGCCAGCACCAAGCUGGACAUGGUGGAGAGCCAGGCAGAGCUGCUGGUGGUGGGGAGCCCUGGACCCGUACCCCAGCUGGAGCUGUCUGAUCGCCACCUGCUGAAGCAGAGCCAGGUGCGCCUGUCUUGGAGCCCGGCUGAUGACCACAAUGCCCCCAUUGAAAAGUAUGACAUUGAAUUUGAGGACAAGGAGAUGGCUCCCGAGAAGUGGUACAGCCUGGGCAAGGUGCCCGGGAACCAGACCUCCACCACCCUCAAGCUGUCGCCUUAUGUCCACUAUACCUUUCGAGUCACUGCCAUCAACAAAUACGGCCCUGGGGAGCCCAGCCCGGACUCUGAGACUGUGGUCACGCCGGAGGCAGCCCCGGAGAAGAAUCCUGUGGACGUGAAGGGGGAAGGAAACGAGACCAACAACAUGAUCAUCACUUGGAAGCCGCUGCGGUGGAUGGACUGGAAUGCCCCCCAGGUUCAGUAUCGAGUGCAGUGGCGCCCCCAGAAGAUGCAGGGGGCCUGGCAGGAACAGAUCGUCAGUGACCCCUUCCUGGUGGUGUCCAAUACAUCUACCUUUGUGCCAUAUGAGAUCAAAGUCCAGACCGUCAACAGCCAGGGCAAGGGCCCCGAGCCUCAGAUCACCAUCGGCUACUCUGGAGAGGACUACCCCCAGGCAAUCCCUCUGCUGGAACCCGUCAAGGCCCUCAAUUCAAGCACUGUGCUGGUCAGGUGGCAGUCUGUGGACCCAGCCCAGGUCAAAGGCCACCUCCGGGGAUACAAUGUGACAUACUGGUGGGAAGGCAGUCAGAGGAGGCACAGCAAGAGGCACGUCCACAAAGGCUAUGUGGUGGUGCCCGCCAAUGCCACCAGCGCCAUCCUGGGAGGCCUGCAGCCCUACAGCUCCUACCGGGUGGAGGUUCAGGCCUUUAAUGGGAGGGGACUGGGGCCCGCCAGUGGGAUGACCUUCAACACCCCUGAGGGAGUGCCUGGACACCCUGAGGCGUUGCACCUGGAGUGCCAGUCGAAUACCAGCCUGCUGCUGCACUGGCAGCCUCCACUCAGCCAUAACGGUGUGCUCACGGGCUACGUGCUCUCCUACCAACCUCUGAAUGACGGGAGCAAGGAGCAGUUGUCCUUUGACCUCCCAGACCCUGAGCUGCGGACACACAACCUGACCAACCUCAGCCCCCGCCUGCGGUACCGAUUCCAGCUGCAGGCCACCACGAGGGAGGGCCCAGGGGAGGCUAUCAUACGGGAAGGAGGCACCAUGGCCUUGUCCGGGAUGCCGGACUUUGGCAACAUCUCCGCCAUGGCUGGCGAGAAUUACAGCGUGGUCUCCUGGGUCCCCAAAGAGGGCCAGUGCAACUUCGGGUUCCAGAUCUGGUUCAAAGCCCUGGGGGACGAGAAGCUGGUGACUCGUCUCCCGCCGCAGUACGUCAGCUACAAUCAGAGCUCCUACACACAGUGGGACCUGCAGCCUGACACCGACUAUGAGAUCCAGCUGCUCAAGGAGCAGGUGCUCCUGCACCAGAUGGCAGUGAAGACCAACGGCACCGGCCGAGUGAGGCUGCCUCCCGCUGGCUUUGCCACCGAGGGCUGGUUCAUUGGCUUCAUCAGUGCCAUCGUUGUCCUGCUUCUCGUCUUACUCAUCCUGUGCUUCAUUAAGCGCAGCAAGGGUGGCAAGUACUCGGUGAAGGACAAGGAGGACACCCAGGUGGACUCAGAGGCCCGGCCCAUGAAGGAUGAAACCUUCGGCGAGUACAGGUCCCUGGAGAGUGACAACGAGGAGAAGGCCUUUGGUAGCAGCCAGCCAUCACUCAAUGGAGACAUCAAACCCCUGGGCAGCGAUGACAGCCUGGCGGACUACGGAGGCAGCGUGGACGUCCAGUUCAAUGAGGAUGGCUCCUUCAUCGGCCAGUACAGUGGCAAGAAGGAGAAGGAGGCGGCAGGGGGCAAUGACAGCUCCGGGGCCACAUCCCCCGUCAACCCCAUCGGGACCCUGGAGUAG